AUGGCCAACCUCCCCUCUUCUUCCUCAACUCCGGCCAGCCACCUGGACACCGAUCCGCACACUCCUAUCCCCUCCAACAUGCCCCGUGCUCCCCCAACCCCUCUCCACGGCGAUCCCAUCCAUCUAGAUCCCCUCAACCUGAACGGCAUCUACUCCACCCUCCCAACCCUAUCCACGGCCGCCACAACUGCUGUGACAAACAGGAUCCAAACCCAACCGGCGCAAACCCCCUUCCAAUUUCCCCAAAUCAAGCCCCCCGCCCACCCAAUUCUCGGGGUGCACAUUCAUGAUUACAUCAAAUUUCAAGUCGACACCGCCGGAUCUAACUUCUCCAAGUGGCGCCAGAUUCUCACCCUUCUCAUCACCAUGUAUAAGGUUGUCGAUCACAUCACCGAAGGGGCGGCCCCCAGCGCGCUGUCCGAUGACUGGCAGGCUGUCGACAUCCAUCACUCCCUCUGGUUCAUGGCGACGCUCACCGACAACCUGUACCGCCUCGUUCAAGGCGCUGAUAGCCGUGCCUGCUCGACUUGGACCCGCCUCCAUCGCUUCUUCCUCAACAGCGGCACCAAGCGGUACGCCUUCCUGAGCAAGGCCUUCCGCACCACCUCCCGCGGAGAUAUGCCGGUCUACGUCUACGCCAGCAAGCUCCAGGGCAUUGCUGAUGACCUGGCCGCCAUCGGACGCCCGGUCUCCGACGUCGAUCUCACGACUCAGUUCAUUGACGGCAUCGGCAAGAAGUUCAAACUUGAAGCAGCGAUUCUCAAAGGGCCCGGGGCCCUGCCCUCCUUCGCUGAUGCCUGUUCGCACUUCCAGCUUGCGGAGAUUGAUGCGGACGCGGAACAAGCUGACGCCGGUGCCCACUCCUACGCUGUUCACGGUGCCGGCCGCGGCGCUCCAACCGGCAGCGGCGUGCACACCAGCGGCGGCCACACCAACCAGCCGCGCAUGCCCGGGGUCAGCCCCAACUACAGGGGGAAGAACCCAAUCCCCGGGUACCGUCCUGCCACGCAGCAACCCCAGCACUACGGCGAUGGCGGCCGUGGCCGCGGCCGCGGCAUGGCAGGCGGACGUGGCACCGGUGACCACUCCAACUCUCGCGGCGGCAACCAACACCCUUGGUACGGUGUCUUCGCUCCCGUGGGCAUGUCCUUGCCCGUGGGCACCCCGCCUCCGGCUCGCGCCUCGUGGGUGCCGCCCAACUUCUCUGGCGUUCUUGGCUCCCGGCCCGGCGCCCCCACGCAGGCCUACCCGGUAAUGCAGUCACCAGCUCCCUCGGCUCCUGCGGCACCCUCGGCGCCCUCGUACCAGCUCCAGUACGCCUCGCCGGCCUACCAAACGCAAUCGUGGGACCACAACACCAUGCUGCAGCACGCCCCGAGCUACGGCUCCGCCUUCCCUGCAUACGGCGGUGACUGGAUCAUGGAUUCCGGAGCCACGUCACACGUCACCGGCACUCAAGGUAAUCUCACCACCUCUCAUUCCCCAUUCGAGCUUAAAUCACAUCAUAUCAUCGUCGGCAAUGGUAAACGUCUGCCUGUGGUUGCUACUGGUACAACACAACUAACUCCCACACCUUUUUCCCUCAACAAUGUUCUUGUUUCCCCUGAUAUCGUCUCCAACCUCAUCAGCACUCGCUCAUUCAUUCGUGAUAACUUCUGCUCCGUUGAAUUUGAUCCAUUUGGCUUCUCUGUGAAGGACCUAGCAACUCGGAGACUCCUCAUGAGGUCCAAUAGCCUCGGCGACUUGUACCCCUUCUUCGGCAACAAUGGCAGCUCCUCGACGACGGCGCUCUCUGUCUCCUCCGACCUGUGGCACCGCCGCCUCGGCCACCCCAGCUCCUCCACCACACCACAUUUCCCUGCCGAUCUGUUUACCCAUUGCCACAUCGUCCCCUACAGCCCCAGCUGCCACACCGGAUCCCAUCCCUGCCACACGGAUCAGCUCCGGAUCCUGUUCCCCAUCAUUGGCCCUGGCCCCACCACCCACCGAGCCACUUGUGCCCAACCAUUCCACGCCACCUCGCUCACCUUCCCACCCACUAGCCCCGCCACGCCCGUGUCCCGACGUGCCCCGCCUGCCCCACCCACCCACUUCGUCUGCUGCGCCCGCGCCCACCGAAUCUCCACCAGCCAACGACCGCACGCCAUCCACCUCGUUCCCAUCGCCCGGGACCAAUUCUCCUCGUACUGA